AGAGGGUUCAGAAUGAGGACAUGGUGUUAUGACAUGAUGCAAUUCUAACCACAUCCACCUACCCCCCCGGGUCCCAAUCCCUGCCUGAGAGAAUUGAGAGUUUCUCAUGUACUGAACCUUUUAAUUCUACUUCUUCAAUGAUCAGAUCAAUGGUGUGAACCCCCAAAUCAACACCGUUUUCGCCUCAACUUCUUCGCCCAAUCAUGGACAUGCUUCAGCUCCCCACCAUAUCCAGAUUCCCCUCAAACUCCAAAACCCGAAAAUUCGUACUCAAAAUCAACCCAAAUUUGACAUAUCCUACAAAACCCACAGCCCUAAUCAGCCUCCGGACAGUCUCUAGUUUACCCAUCAUUCAAUGUUCGGCUCACUCCCACCACCACCAAGACCACCAUCAUCACCACCAUGAUCAUCAUCAUCAUCAUCAUCACGGUCAUAGUCAUGGGGGUUGUGGUGGAUGUGAUGCUCCAUUGACAAAAUCUCAGGAAGCUUUCCUUAGUUUUGCAGAGGCUAUCAAGUGGACAGACCUCGCAAACUUCUUGAGAGAGCAUUUGGAGCUCUGCUGCUGCGCGGCGGCUCUUUUUGUAGCUGCCGCUGCUUGUCCUUACUUCCUUCCAAAGCCCGCCGUCAAGCCUCUUCAGCAAGCUUUCACUCUCAUUGCUUUCCCUCUUGUUGGGGUGUCGGCUUCUUUUGAUGCUGCUGUGGAUAUUAUGGGUGGGAAAAUUAACAUUCAUGUACUGAUGGCGUUGGCUGCAUUUGCAUCUGUGUUUAUGGGGAACGCCUUGGAAGGUGGAUUGCUUUUAGCCAUGUUUAAUUUGGCUCAUAUUGCGGAGGAGUACUUCACGAGCAGGUCUAGGAUUGAUGUGAAGGAAUUAAAAGAGAACCAUCCUGAAUUUGCCCUUGUAUUGAACAGGAAUUCGCCAAAUUUUUCUGAUUUGAUGUACCAUGAAGUUCCUGUGAAUGACUUGGAAAUUGGAUCAUACAUAUUGGUCAAAGCUGGUGAGUCAGUACCGGUGGACUGUGAAGUCUUCCAAGGUAGAUCAACUGUUACCGUAGAGCACUUGACCGGGGAAGUCAAGCCUGUGGAAAAGAAAGUUGGAGAUAGCAUUCCUGGUGGGGCUCGGAACCUGGAUGGAAUGAUGAUUGUUAAGGCAAAAAAGACAUGGAAAGAGUCAAUGCUGAGUAGAAUUGUGCAAUUGACUGAAGAAGCUCAACAGAGUAAACCAAAGCUUCAAAGAUGGCUUGACAAAUUUGGUGAGCAGUACAGCAGAGCAGUUAUAAUUUUAUCUGCGGCCAUUGCAUUGAUGGGACCAGUUCUCUUUAAGUGGCCAUUUUUCAGUACAGCAGUUUGCAGAGGUUCAGUUUACCGAGCAUUGGGGCUUAUGGUAGCGGCAUCACCAUGUGCAUUAGCUGUGGCACCUUUGGUGUAUGCAACUGCAAUUAGUGCUUGUGCAAGAAAGGGAAUCUUGCUUAAGGGGGGACAUGUCCUAGAUGCACUAGCUUCAUGCCAGAGUAUUGCAUUUGAUAAAACAGGAACAUUGACCACUGGAGAGUUCAUGUGCAAAGCAAUUGAACCAAUACAUGGGCAUGUUAGCAACAGCCAGAAACAAAUUGCUUCUUGUUGUGUACCCAGCUGUGAGAAAGAAGCUCUUGCUGUAGCUGCUGCCAUGGAGAAGGGAACUACUCACCCUAUUGGAAGAGCCGUUGUGGAUCAUAGCAUUGGGAAGGAUCUCCCUCCAGUUUCUGUUGAAAAUUUUGAGAACCUACCAGGCAGAGGUCUUUUUGCGACAAUAUCUAGCAGUGAGCCAGGAUUUGGAGGUGGUGAACCGUUGAAAGCUUCAAUGGGCUCUGUGGAGUAUAUCACUUCUCUUUUUACAUCAGAUGAUGAAUCAAAUAAAAUCAAAGAGGCCUUUAGCACUUCUUCUUACGGAGGAGACUUUGUUCAUGCUGCUCUUUCGGUCAAUAACAAGAAGGUGACACUAUUUCAUUUUGAAGAUAAACCUCGUGCUGGUUCUUUGGAUGUUAUAAAGUUGUUACAAGAUGAAGGAAAUCUCCGUGUUAUGAUGUUAACUGGUGACCAUGAGUUGAGUGCACGGAGAGUAGCAAAUGCCGUAGGUAUCAAAGAAGUUCACUGCAGUCUAAAGCCCGAGGACAAGCUCUAUCAUGUGACAAGUAUUUCAAGAGAUACAGGUGGAGGCCUCAUAAUGGUAGGUGAUGGAAUUAAUGACGCACCUGCCUUGGCUGCUGCCACAGUGGGUAUCGUUCUAGCAGAGCGUGCCAGUGCUACUGCAAUAGCUGUUGCAGAUGUUCUUUUGCUGCAGGACAAUAUAUCAGGGGUUCCGUUCUGUGUCGCUAAAUCUCGUCAAACUACUUCUUUGGUUAAACAAAAUGUUGCACUUGCAUUAUGUAGCAUUGUUUUGGCCUCUCUUACAUCAGUUCUGGGGUUUCUACCGCUUUGGCUAACAGUCCUCCUUCAUGAGGGUGGAACUCUUCUUGUUUGUUUAAAUUCCAUCCGUGCUCUGAAUGCCCCAACUUGGUCCUGGAAGCAUGAUAUUCUGCAACUUGUUAAUAGACUAAAAUCUCUGCUUUUACGGUUAAAGAACGAGGGAUCUGAACAUGGCACCAUCCAAGCUGCACCCUUGUAAUUACACAGCUUUCUUUCAUUUUAGGUGCUUUUUGUUCAGACGGUGAAACUUUCUUCAAUUGUGAAUAGAUUGGUUGCCAAAGUCUGUUUAGGUCCACGAAGAACCUUAUUUUUGUUGAGUUGUUAUCUAGAUAGUUAUCCUAGAAGAUUGCAACUUUAACAUUUUAGGGGCAAUGAAUUUCAUUUUCUCCUCAAUCUAUGAGAAAAUGGUAUCCAAAACGACAACCUCGUUCUUAUGCAGUGAAUAUUAGUAGUCAA